CUGGCAGACGCGACCGACACGCUUGCACACACACGUGCCUUUGAUGUUGCGCCGUUAUAUCAGCACGUGGGUGUACUGAUGCUUUCGGUCGCGUUGAUGAACAUUUAUGAGUAAGUGAGACCUCCUCGACCUUCACGGUUCUUAAUUCACGCAUGACACGAUUGUCAGAGGACAGGAGGUGAACGGUAUGUAUGUCAGUCAAGCUCUGCGUCGAAGUGUUCGUCUGCUCGCACGGGGCCGUUGCACACCGCAAGCGAGGAAGCUUCAUGAUUCAAAAGCUGCAUUUGAAGUUGAGGAAUCACUUGAAAACCAUCCACUUGUGGACACGUUUGGACGGCAACAUACAUAUCUCAGAAUUUCUCUGACCGAAAAGUGCAGUUUAAGAUGUCUCUACUGCAUGCCCGAGGAGGGUGUAGACUUGACACCAAAGCAGGAGCUGCUCACAUCUGACGAGAUUGUGCGAUUAGCGCAUCUUUUUGUCUCCAGUGGGGUGCGAAAGAUUCGUCUAACGGGAGGUGAACCUCUUGUGAGACACGACACAGUCAACAUUGUGGCCAGUUUAUCGAAGAUACCUGACCUGGAGGCUGUGGCUAUGACAACGAAUGGCCUGGUGCUGUCAAAAAAAAUUGCGGCCUUGAAAACUGCAGGAUUGACUCAUUUGAACAUCAGUUUGGACACUUUGGUUCCAGCAAAGUUUGAAUUCAUAACACGACGUCGGGGGUGGCAUCUUGUACGAGACAGCAUCGACAGAGCCCUGGAGGUGGGAUUCGCAGCUGUCAAGGUCAACUGUGUCGUGAUGAAGGGCUUCAAUGAGGAAGAAAUAAAUGACUUUGUUUCCCUCACAGAACAUAGAGACCUCCAAGUGCGUUUCAUCGAAUACAUGCCAUUUGAAGGGAACAAGUGGAAAACCAGCAAACUCUUUCCGUUUAAAGACAUGUUAUCGGUGGUGCAGAUGAGGUGGCCAGAGAUUCAGCGCGUCGAUAGUGACCCAAACGACACAGCAAAGGUGUACAAGAUACCAGGCUGGCGGGGACAGGUUGGUUUUAUAACAUCAAUGACGGAACAUUUCUGCGGAUCGUGCAAUAGACUUCGCAUAACUGCCGAUGGCAACCUAAAGGUGUGCCUUUUCGGUGCCAAUGAAGUAUCGCUCCGGGAUGCAUUACGUGGCGGCUGUAGCACCGAAGAGCUCAUGGACGUUGUGGGGCGAGCGGUGAAGAAGAAGAAGUUCAUGCACGCGGGGAUGGAUGAACUCUUCAAAAUGAAGAACAGGCCGAUGAUCCUUAUCGGAGGAUGAAUCAUCAUCUCGUUAUUCAUGUAAUCAAAUUAAUUACGGAAGAAGCCGUGUGCUGUUGAUCCUCGUGUCGCAAUGUACAAAGAUUUUGAAACCACUAAUGACCGAAGGAGUCGCAUGAGCUUGUAAGGGAAUAUUUUCUUUCCUUCUUACUAAUGACCUUCAAUGAUAUCUUGAAUGAUCUUAAAUGAUCUUGGUUCUCUAUUCCAAGCACGUAGAGAAUGUAAAAGUAGUGCUCUUUCCGCUAUAACAGCUACGCAGUGGCGGAUCGGCGUUGCUCCUCUUCGUGUGCAGGUUUGUAAAGGAAACGCCCGAUCAUAACAUCGUUUGUCUUCUAGAGGUCGUGACCUGUCGCAUUGUCCACUUAAACCAACACUACUUCAUGUCUCGUUCGGAUGUACCGGUACUUGCGUGCCCUCGCUUCAUGUAGGUUCACAGAAGAUCGUGAGUCCUUCUGUGAAAGAACUCCUUAAUCCCUUUUUUGAAGGACUGUCUAAAUAUGGGCGCCGAGCGUAGGUUAUAAUGCAACAAUGAAGACGCAAAACGGUGCAUUCAUUACUAUAUAUGGUAGUGUUGAUAGCAGACACCGGAAACAUUUAGUGUUGUGUGCCAGAGUUGGUUCCCAACAAUUACGUUGUCAGGUACGCGAGUGAACUACCUUACGCACCUGUCGCGUAAACGCUCAACGCUGGUCAACUGGUCUUCCGCCUCGAUGCCAAUACACGCUCAACGCUCAAGGGACUGAUAGGUUCAAUGAACCGAAAUAAUUCUACGAAAUACGUAAGAUACCAACAUGUGUUCUGCUGCUAACGUGACGGCCAUCCGAGAUAUUCCAUGUCUCAUGUGUUGUGUAGUACGUUUUCCCCGUCGGAAAUACAAUACAGUGAACCCUCGUUAUUAUGACCAUGGUCGUUCCCGAAAAUUUUGGACAUAAUGCGGAAUUGUCAUAUUAACGGGGGAUUUGCAGAGGUUUCACUGCAUUGUUCCCCAGGAGUAUGGUCGUAAAGCGCGUAUGUCAGAUUAUCGGGGGUCAUAUUAACGAGGGUUCACUGUAUUCGUUUAUGCAAAGUCCUUGUUCAUUCCGGGAGUAUACAGAUCCGGCAUAGUGCCGUGGUGACGAAGUGUUUAGCGUAACAGGAGACAGACACGGAGGAGACGGCGUCUCGUCCGCACAGUGUGUCACUCCUCCUCCUCCUGUUGUUCGAUCAUGUGCCGCCGACUCGCUCAAAUUAUUUCCAUUGUCAGUCCCACUGUUUAGUGUAAGUACGAGUAACGUGUAGCCUAAUCGUCGUUUGUUUUCCGCUAUGCCUACGGUGCACGUGCACGGGGAUGUUGACUUGCAUGCUGAGCAUUUUCUGUUGCAAAAAAUCAGCGCUGUUGUAAGCUCCUAUGGUCUACCGGAUAUAAUGUACGUAGUGCUCAUUGUUAGAUACAAGGUUCUUCCGGGACUUGUUUUACUGCUCGAAGUUUGAAGCUGUCUUUUCCUUUUUUUUUUUUUUUUCUUUUUUGGAGAUAACGGACUCAGAACUUGAACGGCGUCGUUCCCUUUUAUUAUUCAGCGGAGCGUGUUCUGCGGUGAAGUUGAGUGUGCUGAACGUUGACUGAACUGGACUAUCCUCUAGCAAACACUCGUAGAUUGCUGGGAUUAUUCCAAACACCAGAAUCAAUCGAUAUAUACUCAUUCUGGUACAGCGAUGACGUCAUGCUAGAUAACCACGCAGCUCCGUAUGUAGGUCGCAACGUUACUUCCGAGUUGACAUGUGUAUGAUGUGUGUGUGUGUACGAGGGGGGCGGGGAAGGGAAAAUAUUUUUAGCAAUCAGAGUUGGAGCUCGGCAAACCCUUCGUGCGCACCAUGCAAUUUUAUUGGCGUAUAAGGCACAGAAGCUAUGCUAUACCCUCUGCGGAAGCAGAGCACAGAGGCGGUGCGCGCCACCGUAUACCUAUAUUGUCACUUUAUCUUGUGCUUCGUGCUAAUGUAUGACUUUCUGAGCACACUUUCGUUUGUUGUUAUUUGUUAAUGUUGGCUUACUGCGAAAAUUACCUGCAUACACUUUUGAAGUGUGUAACUUUUGUUUCGUAGUGAACACAAACGUUCAAGAAAAGUUUAUAUCAGGUAUAUGGCUUCGAGGUGGCCCUGUAUUCUGUCUCAGCAUGUUUAAAAAACAAUGUAUUUUUUUAAAUGAAUUUCGAUGUGUUUGAAAAUUCGCGGAAGAAAUAUAGACGCAACUUAUCUUUGUUA